AUGGAAGCUUCAGCUUCAUUGCCAAACAUACCUAAUGAAAUCAUUCUGCAUAUACUUUUGCAGUUGCCGAUGAAGGCUGUGAUCCGGUGCCAAUGCGUAUGUAAACAGUGGCGUUCGUUGAUAGACGACUCAGAUUUCAAGCUCUCGUAUCGUGGAGAACGAAGAGUGAUCUUCCUCUCGCUCGGAUCCGAAAGCCAGGAUUAUAACUGGAAUUCCAAAUUCUUAGUUAGAUCCACAAGCCAUGAUUCUCGUCUUCAAAGGCAUGAAUUGCCGUUCGGAGAGGCUGAUUAUCCAUUGAUUCGUGCAAGCGACGAAUACCCUGUUAGAUCUUUGUGUUCUUGCAACGGAUUUGUGCUUCUGAUGGCUGUGAGAGAUAGAGAUAUUUUUUUGUGGAACCCGUCCACCAGGUGUUUGAGGAAAGUGCUCGAGUUUCCAUAUCCGGAGGUGUUGGUUAUCCUUGGAGGGCUAUGUUACGACUCGUGCACUAGAGAUUACAAGGUCGUCCUAUCAAUAAGGCCGGGUCUUGUAUUUGGUGAUCGAUUUGUUAUCUCUGCAAGCCUCAACCACAAAGAGUGGCGACCAGUGCAGUUCCCUUUUAGCUUGAAUUAUGCUAGAGGUGGUUUGGAGUUUCGCAAUACAUUUCAUUGGUGGGCAAAUGACAUCAAAGAUCCCCAUUUUUCGGGGAGCGGUAGGAAUAAGAUCCUAUAUUUUGAUCCUGUGCGUGAUGAAUUCAAAAUCUUGUCCACUCCCGAACGGGGACAAAAUUUCUCCAUAGUCGGGUUGGGGGUUAUAGAUGACUGUUUAUCCUUGGCAUGCAUGGUUAACAAACAGGAAAAACUCAAAACCACAACCACAACGUUGCAAGUAUUGAUUAUGAAGGAAUAUGGCAUACAAGAAUCAUGGAUGACUGCAUUUGCGAUCCAAAUGCCACAACUUCCAUAUACUUCUAUGAGUAGAUUUAGUUUAACGUUUUAUUCUCAGAAAAACAAUGCACAAGAAGUAGUAUUCUUAAGUACAAUGGGUUAUUUUUUGGGGAAAGUAUAUGUUUAUGAUCGGAAAGAAGAUGAACUGAGAUCAGGAUUGCUGAUGAAUUUCGCAAAGAACGACUCAGGUCGUCGUAUAAGCUGUGUUAGUAUGUGUUUCUAUGUUGAGAGUCUUGCUUGCUUGCCCUUGCAGCAACAUAUGAUUAAUUAA